UCAAAACGAAAAGGGAAAUAGAAGAAACGGCCGAACGCGACUUCGUCGACUUCAUCGAAAAACCCUACCUCUCUCCGCCGCCUGCCAUGGCCAUGGAGCACCUCCGGUGGCGCCCCACGGUGAACGAGCGCGACUUCAUCGAGCGCGCGCUCCAGUCCGACCUCCGCGUCGACGGCCGCCACUCCUUCGACUUCCGCAAGCUCAAGGUCACCUUCGGCAGGGAGGACGGCUCGUCGGAGGUGCAGCUCGGGGAGACGCAUGUGAUGGGCUACGUGACCGCACAGCUGGUGCAGCCGUACCGUGACAGGCCGAACGAGGGGACGCUGGCCAUAUUCACCGAGUUCUCACCCAUGGCUGACCCCGCCUUCGAGCCUGGGCGUCCUGGGGAAUCAGCAAUAGAGCUUGGCCGAGUCAUCGACCGUGGCCUCAGGGAGAGUCGAGCUGUUGACAUGGAGUCCUUGUGUGUUGUUGCUGGGAAGCAUGUCUGGUCCGUGCGUGUCGACCUUCACAUCUUGGAUAAUGGAGGGAAUCUCAUUGAUGCAGCUAACAUUGCUGCAUUGGCAGCUCUAUCUACUUUCCGGAGACCUGAAUGCACGGUUGGUGGGGACGAUGGUCAGCAAGUUACAGUUCAUGAUCCUGAGGUUAGGGAUCCGCUUCCUCUUACAAUACAUCAUAUGCCCAUAGCUGUAACAUUUGCAUAUUUUGGUGAAGGCAACAUCGUGGUUCUUGAUCCCACAUACAAGGAAGAAGCAGUAAUGGGAGGGAGGAUGACUGUUACAGUUAACUCAAAUGGUGAUGUUUGUGCCAUCCAGAAAGCUGGUGGAGAGGGUGUCAUGUCAAGUGUUAUCAUGCAGUGUUUAAGAAUUGCUUCGGUAAAGGCUGCUGAUAUAACAAGCAAAAUAAAGAAAGCAGUUGACUCAUACACCACCGAGAAAGCUUUAAAGAAAGUAAAACGUUUACCAACCUCGGUUCCUCAGAAAAUUAAUGUCACUGAUGUAAUUAUGGAGGACAAAGGUGAUGGUGAAUUGGAAAAGCAAACAGUGCAGAUGCCUAGUGACGUUCAGCAGAUAAGCAAAGGUGAUGAGGACCAUCAAAGUAUAAAAAGGAAUUCACCCUUGACUGGGGAUCGAAUUGCUAAACACAAACAAACAUCAACAUUCAUUGGUGGCACAUCAAAUUGGGAUCCAUAUUGUAAAGGAGUUUCAUUAAGCUCCCUCAGACUUUCUGAUUUGCCGGAUCCACCAACUAUUGUCAAGAUGAGCAGCCAAGAGGAUGCCCAACCAAUGACUGAAUCAUCGAAUGCUGAGGUGAACACCUCAAGUGCUGUGGCUGCUGGAGAGUCUGAUGAGUCCCAGGAGGUUGGAUCGCCAAAGAGUCUAAAAGAUGCUAUCAAACCAAAACAUAAAAGAAAGAAGAAGAAAAGUGACAAGAGUUAGUUUAGUUGCAAGCCUGUAAUUUCCUAUGCCCCAGUGUUGAAUGUUAAUGUUGAUUCUCGUGAUGAUUGCACAUGCUACAGUUAUGACUACUCCAAUGAUGAUUGCAUUCCCCAAAAAGAAUUUAUGAUUUUGUGCUGCAGGUAAACCAAUGGUAGUCUACAACACCUCAAACUCUGAUUGAUGAGGCUUCAUCCGGGGUGGCAUACACGGGUUUUUGUGUGUGACUGAUGUUUGUAGUGACCACAGGCAAAUUUUGUACAAGCUGUAGAAUUGUAUUUUAGGUAUGGUCCAGUUAAGCUUUCAGUCAACUUUGCAGCUAGUUCUGUGAUGCAUAAUGUCCCAGUACACCCCAUUGUUAAAUACUCGAAUGUUCGUAUUGAAUAUGACUAUUGCUCUCAAUACUACCGUUAAUCCUCUAUUUGUCAAA